AGACCGGUCCCAUGAAGGCCGCCAUUGUUGCCGUCUGGGGGCGGGAGGCCGCUCCGGCUGCUGUUGCUGAUGGCCGAUUUCAAACGCUGGAAAGAGCAACGGCUAUCGCGCGGAGAUGCGAGCCGAAAGGGCAGCGUGGACGAGCCAAUUGAGGAGAUCGUCCGGCUCCUGAAUGGCCGCGAGACUUUCUGCACCACCAGCUCGUGUUCGGGACGGGUGGUGGUGCUGGAACAGCCUCCGGCUGCCGCCGCCACUGCGGGUACUGCUGGCUUUGAAAUACAGAAGCAAAGCUGUACUUGGCUUAUGGUGACCCACCAAUUAUGUAGUACAAAAGACGUGCUUACCGCCUUGCAGAAGGCUGCGGCUGAUGCCAUCUUCAAAUUUGAACCAUUUGUUCUCCAUGUGCAAUGUCAAGACCUGGAAGAUGCACAACUUCUGCACACCGUGUCUAUAGAAGCUGGGUUCAGAAACUCUGGUAUAACCGUUAGCCGGAAAGGAAAAAUUAUGAUGGCUGUCCGAAGUACUCACUGCUUAGAAGUUCCACUAAGUCAGAAAGGAAGACUAAUGGUCAGUGAAGAAUAUGUUGACUUUGUGGUUCAAGUUGCUAAUCGGAAGAUGGAAGAAAAUUGGAAGAGAAUUAACAGAUUUUACAAUUCUUUGAAGUUUGCACUAGAAAGCAAGAAUCACUCCAUGACUUCUCUCUCGGAGGAGAAAGAAAAAGGAAAUGGCAUGGAUUCGGGUGGAAGAAAAAAAUCUCAAGCAACCAAAAAGGAUGGCGGAAGUCCUUCACACCAAAAUAAAAAUGUAGAGUGAAGAUGACAGUCAAAGCAAUACUAAUAUUUUUCACUAAAUAUAAAAUUGUGUGAAGUAGCCCUAUAUAUCCAUUAUGUUUGUAUAAUGUAGUUUUUUUUUCUUUGCUCUUUAUAAGAGCUUAGCUUAUUGUGCUCUAGAACAGGGGUGAGAAUUUAUGGCCCUUUACAACUUGUGGACUUCAAUUCCCAGAAUUCCUGAGUCCGUAUGGAGCCAUAAUUGUAUAACUCUGCUCUAGAAAGUAACAUGUUGUUUACACAGUUUGCUUAAGUUAUUAGCAAGGUUUUAACUGCCAUAUAAUAUAAGUGAACUUAUGGACAGUUUUUGGUCCCGGAGUGUGCCUUCCCUGUUGUAGCACAUGAAAUGUAUAGAUACCUUUAGGAGAAAGUGUUUUUAAUUUUUUUACACCAGUGAACAAUAUGCAAUAUCACAAACUUGUACCUACGACAUGGCCACAAUAAAUACUGUUUUGCUCUGUG